AUGCUCGACCCUCUGUUGUCCCUACGGAGCGGGACGACAGUCGCAAGCUUGAACCGCCCAUGGCGUUUUGCUCCCAAGCAGACAUACGAUCUUCAGGCAAAUCCAAAGGGACUCAUAUCAUUUGGCACGGCCGAGAAUCACCUUGCUACUGACGAGCUGGUAGAGUUCGCCCAGAAGAAUGUCGAUAGCUAUUUCCUGUACCGUGGAGCGACUGCUGGCGGCCCAGACCUCCCCCAAGCUCUAGUAGCGCAUCUCAACGAAUAUUUGAAGCCCUACAAACUCAUCCAUGUCCAGGAUGUCCAGAUCGCGAACUCGGCUUCGGCUAUGCAUGAUGCGCUAGCGUGGGCACUGGCUGACAAGGGCGAUGCAUUUCUCACCAGCAGACCUGUGUAUGGACGGUUCGAGCUCGAUUUCUUCAACAAGAGUGGCGUACAGGUGGAAUAUGCCGAUACAACGGCCCAGGACUGCUUUGAUGAGACCGUGGUUGAGAAGUUUGCAAAGGCUCUUCAGUCGUGUGAGGCGCGAGGGGUGAAAGUCAAGACGAUAUUCAUUGUCAACCCUAAUAACCCGCUUGGCAAAUGCUAUCCCAGAAAAACGCUCGUGGAGAUUAUGAAGUUCUGCAACCAGAAUCGCCUUCACCUCUUCAGCGACGAAAUCUACGCCUGCUCUGUCUUUGACUCUGGCGAGCCGACCGCAGUACCUUUUACUUCUGUCUUGUCCCUUGACACCGACCAAUACAUCGAUCCGUGCUUGUUGCACGUCACAUGGGGUCUCAGCAAGGACUUUGGCGCAGCUGGUCUGCGCAUCGGUGCUCUCAUUUCACGCAGUCCAAGCGUGAUCAAAGCCGUGGAAUCCGUAGCGCGCUUUCAUAACGCUGCUGCACCGAGUCUAUCUAUCGGUGCGGCCAUGUUGUCUGACCGGGAAUGGUGUCGAAGCUUUGUAGAUUCGUCUCGGCACAAGCUGGCUGCUGCGUACAGACAUGUCACCAGAGGCCUUGAUCAGAUGGGCAUUGAGUACUUGCGUGGAACGAACGCUGGGUUCUUUGUGUGGAUCAACCUCUCGCCGUAUUUAUCAGAGAAGGAGAGGUUUCCAGAAUUUGCACUCGCGACACAGCUGCAGAGAUGCGGUGUCUUCUUGCAUCCCAAGGAGGAACACUCGCUGGAAGCAGGGUGGUUUCGGCUGGUAUACGUGCAGGACUCUGAGACGAUGACUGAGGGAUUGAAGAGGUGA